AUGGCGUCGUGGCUCGAGACGCUGCGGUCGCUGACGUCGGACGUCGAGCGCGAGCUCUUCUCCGUGCUUCGGCGCUACGGGCGCCCAGAAGACUGCACCCCAGAGCACGUGGUGGCGCCCUGUACGCUUGCGCUGCGUCUGCACCCGAGCGACCCCGAGUUCCCGUUCGCGCUGGCCAACGGCCUCGAGAUCUACGUCGCGAUUCCGGUGGCGUACCCACGCGAGGCCGCCACGUUCCGAGUCCACUGUGAUGUUGCUGGCUUCGACGCGCUAUUCUCCGCGCGGAUAGCCUCGGCGCUCGAUGCGGCCAUGGCCGAUUGCGUCGGCCACCUCGUCCUCCGCAAGCUCCUCACGUGGCUCGACAACCAUUUGAAGGAGCUCAUCAUGCCACCCAAGCCAGCAGAGGCGACGGGCGACCACGCAGCAGCCUAUGGAGAUGCGCCCGAUGUCACGACGACAGCCACCGAGGGCGGCGACGCUGAGCCGCGUGCAGCCAAUGGCAACGACACGGCUGCGAACCAAUGCGAUGUGACCAUCGGAAAGGGCGACGACAAUGAAGAAGCCAAGUGCAGCGAAUGCGACGGUGAGAGCGAAAGCGACGGUGAUGCCAAGGGGGCUGACGACGAGGUCGAUGGUACUCUACCCGUGUGCAAGUUUUUCCUCGCCGGCAACUGCCGGCGAGGCGACCACUGCACGUUUACGCACGCAACGUCCGAAAAGAAGAAGAAGAAACGCAAGCGCCGGGGUCCGUCCAAGGCCGUUUGCCGGCAAUUUCUCGAUGGCAAGUGUCGUCGCGGCGCCAAGUGCCGGUACACGCACCCGCCGCCCGCAACCGCAACGGACGUCGUCAUCGAAGACGACGACAACACAACCAGCGCCAAGGAGCAAGCCGAGACGCUAGCUCCAUUGCCGGAAGACUGGUCGGUCGACCAGCAGCACGCGCUCGACGCCGCACUCAAGCAAUUCCCCGUCGGAUGCAUGGACACCAAGCCGCGCUGGGAGGCGAUCGCGGCGUGUGUGCCGCACAAGUCGCUCAGCGACUGCGUCAAGCGCUUCAAGUACCUCACCGCGCUCGUAAAAGCAAGCACGCGACACGUCGAACCACCGCCUCCAGCGUCCGACAAGGACGACGACAUUGACGAGGACGAACAUGCAAAGCACGACGAGACGCGCGACGCCCGUAUUGUGCCUGCGCACGCCCGCGUCAAGCUGGAUUUGGUGCCGGACGUCUCGGCCUGGCACAUUGACCUCGGCGCGCUCUUUCUGUACCAGAUCGACACGGUGCAGCUGCACGCGGUCUCGGGUCGGUUCCAGUGCCUCAACUGCCCGCUCUCCUUCCUAACGACGCUCUCGCUGGACGCACCGUCGUACAAAAAGUGGUGUCCCCGCUGCAGCCUCCUGCACACCAUCGAGUUUCGGCCCAUUCUCGUGCACGGUGCCAACUCGCUCGCGGCCAACAUGUCGUCGACCAACUGCGCACUCGUCGACGUAAGCACGCCACUUGUGUGCCUAGCGCUGUGCGCUGGCUGCGGUGUCGAAGGUCUCUUGUCGGCUGUGCCCCGGAUCCGCGCGGAAGCGUCGUGCCGCGGCUGCCACGCCAAGAUGGCGCUCGAGUGCAAGGCAGCGACGAUCGUCAAGCCAUUAAGCGCGCCCGACGUCCCUGUGUUUGACCAAGGCAAGAAGACCAAGAAGACCAAGGCGCUCAGCGAGAAUGUUCUCGUCGUGGGCCAGCCGCUCCCGAACGAAGGCAAGUGCAGUCAUUAUGGCAAGUCGAAGCGCUGGUUCCGCUUCCAGUGCUGCGGCACGGCGUACGCAUGCGACAUUUGCCAUAGCGAGUCGAGCUGCCACCAAGCGACCGCCGGCGUCUUUGCAAGUCGGUUCAUCUGCGGCCUCUGCUCGCGCGAGCACCCGACGUCGCUCAAAGAGUGUCCUUGCGGCAACGCUGUCGGCGCGGCGGCCGUCAAGGUCCACUGGGAAGGCGGGAAAGGCUGUCGGUCCCAGGCCACGAUGGCCGCCACGGACAAGCACAAGUUUCGCGGCCUUGCCAAGACGCAGAGCCAGAAAUGCAAGCGCGUCGGCCUCGAGGGCAAGCUCCGCCGCGAACGCAAGCUCGAGAAACAACAUGCGGCCUAG